AUGUUGAGAUGCCAUGGGACGACAAGAAGUAUGCCCUUAGUGUUCAGCAUCAACCGGAUGGUGUUGAGGCCGCCGUUUGUUAGGCCCUUCCAUUACAGUUCACAUUACCUGAUCCAGUCUGGCAGAAAUCCUGAUAAUGACAACACCAACAACAAUGAAAUGCGGUUAAACGACAACACCGUUUGGAAAAGGAAUAUAGAACCUCAGUGGCAGCACUUGAAAACGAAAUUGAAUGAAUUGUACUCCAGGUUCAAAUUUCAUCGAGGCCAACUGUCCUAUCAGGUCAAUAAGGCCAAGAAAUCUAUACAAGAGGUAAAUAAGAAACUAUCUGAGCAAGAGGACGAAAUCAACGAUAGCCGUUUAAACUAUAAUAAAGAUGAAUUGACUAGUGGGAAAAUUGAGGGUCUACCCUCCGAAAGAGAACUGCACAGAAAGAAAUGGUCGAGAAAAAUGGGAUUUUAUUUCGACUCAUUACAAGAGACUUUAUUCACUGCGACGCGUGCUCUUAAUGACGUGACCGGUUAUUCUAGCAUCCAAAAACUCAAAUCCAGCAUUAGUUUGAUGGAAAAGAAAUUGGAGGCCACGAAGAAAGAACAUAAACUGUACAAGGAUAAAUAUGCCGAUGCGAUUGAUGAACGGGCCCGAUCUCAAAGAGAAGUUAACGAACUAUUGCAAAGGCAAAGUGCGUGGUCUUCGACUGAUUUAGAAAGAUUCACACAACUAUACAAAAACGACGCGUUAAAUGCUAAACAAGAGCAAGAGCUGAAGAAUAAGGUGAAGGAAAUUGAAAGCAAGGAAGAACAACUAAACGACGACCUGUAUAGAGCAAUUUUGACAAGGUACCACGAGGAACAGAUAUGGUCGGAUAAAAUUAGAAGAACUUCCACCUGGGGUACCUUCAUACUGAUGGGUAUGAAUAUAUUCUUAUUUGUUGUGUUGCAAUUGCUACUAGAACCUUGGAAACGAAAAAGGUUAGUAGGUUCCUUUGAAGACAAAGUCAAAAGUGCUCUCAACGACUAUUCUACAGAGCAGAACUUGAAAAUAGAUAAACUAUCAUCUGAAAGAACAUUCCAACAUACAGAUCAAGACGAAAUUGAAAAUUCUAUCAUUGAAGAGCCCCUCGAGCAAGUCUUGGUAUGCAAGACUGACACACCCGAGACUAAAACGAGGAUAAAAUCUUUCAGCGAUAUCUGGAAACAAAUAAAGUCAUUCUUUAGCACACUAAGGAACAUCGAAUUUAAAAGUCUCGAUGCUCCUCUUGUCGUCAACACAUUAGAAUUCUACCUAUACUCGAUUUCCUUAGUCAGUAUGACGAUAUUAAUAUCCGGGGUAAUAUGA